AUGUCCACUUCACAAGACCCACAAACACUGCAACAGCACCACCACCACCAUAGACCCAAAUAUGGUCCACCACAGCAUAUCAAGCCACGUCAAUACCAUGCCAUGCUUGAGUUAUUGGAAUCACAAGCCAAUAAGAAGUUGACUAAUGAAUACUCUACUGAAAUAGUUCAAACCUUGGCUCAUUUAGAAUCGGCGUCUUCGGUCAACCCAUCAAUGAUUGAUUUACAACCGGAAAUCCAAUGGUUUAUGCGUCCAUUUUUGUUGGAUUUCUUGAUUGAAUUGCAUUCAUCUUUCCGAUUACAGCCACAAACACUUUUCCUUUGUUUAAACAUUAUUGAUCGUUAUUGUGCCAAAAGAAUUGUUUUCAAACGUCACUAUCAAUUGGUUGGCUGCACAGCAUUGUGGAUUGCUGGGAAAUAUGAAGAUAAGAAAUCGCGAGUUCCAACAUUGAAGGAGUUGACUAUCAUGUGUCGUAAUGCUUACGACGAGGAGAUGUUUGUUCAAAUGGAAAUGCAUAUUCUAAGUACUUUAGAAUGGUCCAUUGGUCAUCCAACUUUGGAAGAUUGUUUACAGUUAAGUAUCAAGCAUUCCAAUAUUAUUAAUCCUAGUAUUACACCACCAAACUACAACUUAUCAUCAUUGCAUUCCGGUAGUGUGAAUGGCGCUAAUGAGCAAGUUACAAAGUCUGCCUCCGCUAGUACAUUGAGUGCUGUUACUGCUGUGGGAAGAUUCUUGUGUGAAUUAUCAUUAUACGAUAAGUUUUUUUUACUGGUCCCUACAAGUUUAGUUGCUUAUACUGCCAAUCUAUUAGCUUGUUCAAUGUUGCAAAUUCCCAAUGCAUCCAUCACCUUGAAAGAAUUGUUGGAAAACGUCCUAAUUGAACCAAAGAGGAGACAAUAUCUUCAAAUCAAGAUGCAAAACCGAUUGAAAAGGAAACAAGAACGUCAAUUACGCAAACAGCAACAAUCUCAACACCAACAACUGAUGAAGGUCAAAUUACAAAAUGUUGGUGCUGUUCCUAAAUUCCCCUUGAAACAAAAAUUAAAUACCCUCUAUUCAAACAACAAUGAUAGCAACUAUAGUCAUCAAACCAACAUUUAUAGACAUUCAAGUAUUGCCGAUGACAUUGAUUUGGACUACGAAGAAAGUGAUCAAGAAGAUAUCGAUACCGAUACUGACACUGAUAGAGAUGCUGAUAUUGACCAUGAUGCAUUGGAAGAUGAUGAGCCAGUGUUCAAUGAUACCAAUGACACCACAUUUGAUAAUGAGGACCACGAAGAAAUUGAAAACAAGUUACCAGAAAUUCAUGGAGCUUUCCUCAAUGGAUUAGAUGAAUCAACUUUAUUGACCAUCAAAAAAAUAGCUCUUUUGUUGAUUAUUCAAUUGAAUAAAGUGACUGAAGUAUUGACCAAGAAAUAUGAAGCUGUCGGGGUUAUCCACGUCUUGAAGAAAUUCCAUGAAAAGAAUUCUUUCUUGAUUCAAUCAAUCUACGACAAUAAGGACAAGAUAAUUGCCACUUGUGACUCAACAACCGCAUCAAUUGAUUCUCGAUUCAUCCAAACUAUUGAAAUAUUGUUACAAUUUCCUCAAUUAAGUGAUCCAACGUUAGAUUCAGAUUCAGAAUCUGACUCAGAAGACGAUGAAGAUGAAUACUGUGUCAAUCCAUAUUCCUCAUACAAAGCAUACGAAUCUGAUGAUUAUUUUAGUGUCCGGGGAAGUGGCGCAGGUCAUUUACGUACACCCAAAUCACCCCAUCCCUUCUUUGGACCAUCAACUUUGGGGUUCGAUUCAAAUCUGAUUGCUCCACCAGUUACGCCACCAUCAGCAACUUCACAAUACUCGGUUUUUUCCAACAAGAGAUCUGGUGGAAGUCAAACAAAUAGUGUUACUUCCAAUUGUAACACGCCUACCCAUUUCCCCGUAUCAUCAUUUGCAUCAACUUCAGGAAUACAACAGCAACAACAACAACAGCAGCAGCAGCAGCAAGCAGUAAUGAUGGGCCUGCUGCUGCUGCUGCUGCUGCUUUGCAGAACCAAAUCAAAGAUUAGAAAAAAGAGAGCCAUGAUGCAGUCAUCCGCAACAUCUAUCAAUAGUAGCGGUCCAUCUGUCAUGAUCCCUCCUAUUUUGCCAACAGUUGCUACAAGACACGAUGCUGGAUCAAAUGAUAAGUUUUCUCCAAUUAAGCCAGUUGCCAGUAACAACGGCAGUUUGAAUGCAAGUUCACCAUUGAUGAACCAGUAUUUUUGA